ACACACACACAGUUCUGCAUCUAGUAGCUAUCGUAAUGCCUGCAUACAGAUCUAUGCAUCUAUUUCAACGCCAUUACGUCAUAUGCCUACUAUACACUCGGAGCAGAGCUGAAACGGUGGACCAUACUAUUGGUAAUCAACAUCACAGCGGCAUUCUGCGCUACGAUUCUUAGCUGUUCGGUUGCGUUAUGAGUGUGUUCGCACCCGCUCUGUGAGCAUGGAACACUGUAUAGUAAAUUAAAAAUAAACAACCUCCUCGUGCCUGUUACAAAUUGAAACUCGCUUAUCUUGGCCCUAAUCAGCAUCAACGACCUGCUAUACCGGUGUAACGUGAGGGCGUCCUACCGUUGCCUUCAUGCCGAGUCCGCAAAGUAUGGCCACUCUUUCGGUGACUGAUUGUGGAAGUCACCAGUUAUAUGCUACCAAGGACGAACCAAUCACAAGUCAGCAUGCUCCGGCUCGGGUAACUGUGACAACCAACCCAGAGCAUGAGAAGUUCUCAAACUGCCUUUUGCAAUUGGAGAGUUGCGAUGAAGAGAUCGACCUCUCGACCCCAAAGCAGAGCAUCCCCCGAAAGAGUGACACCAUCAACAAUAACAAUAACGGCAGCGGGGCGUGUGAGACUCUUACUAGGAAUGAGGGGGCGGUGAACUAUAGAGGGAUGCAAAGGCGAAGCUUGUUGGAGGGUAUAUGGGGGUGUCUCAAACCGGUCUGGAACAUGAUCGGAAAGGGAAACCAAGAGAAACAAAAUGAAGGAUUUUUAAAUGAUUGGGAGGUUCCAUUUGAGAAUAUCCGCAACCUACAAUGGUUAGGAAGUGGAGCCCAAGGCGCUGUCUUCCUAGGCUGGUACAGGACGGAACCAGUCGCCGUCAAGAAGGUCAGGGAUGAAAAGGAAACGGACAUCAAGCAUUUACGCAAACUCAACCAUCAGAAUAUUGUGACAAUAAAGGGUGUGUGCACGCUAGCACCUUGCUAUUGUAUCCUGAUGGAGUACUGCCCAUUUGGACAGCUAUAUGAAGUGCUAAGGGACGGACGUGAGAUUCCCCCUCAGUUGAUGAUUGACUGGUCCAAACAGAUUGCUCAGGGCAUGCACUACCUCCAUGCACAUAAGAUAAUACAUAGGGAUCUCAAGUCACCAAAUGUGCUAGUGGCAAAUAAUGACAUCCUGAAGAUCUCAGAUUUUGGCACCAGUAGAGAGUGGAAUGAGAAGAGCACCAAGAUGUCAUUCGCUGGCACCGUGGCUUGGAUGGCACCAGAGGUGAUACGUAAUGAACCCUGCUCAGAGAAAGUUGAUGUUUGGUCAUUCGGUGUGGUCCUCUGGGAGCUACUGACUGGAGAGAUGCCUUACAAGGAUGUGGAUUCCUCUGCCAUCAUCUGGGGUGUAGGAAGCAACAGCCUUCAGCUACCCAUCCCAUCCACCUGUCCUGAUGGCUUCAAGCUUCUUAUGAUGCAGUGCUGGAGCGCCAAGACCAGGAAUAGACCAUCCUUUCGGCAGAUCCUCAUGCAUAUUGACAUCGCUGCUGUAGACUUCUUGUCAACGCCACAGGAGGCUUAUUUUGACAAGCAGGUUGACUGGAGAGAAGAGAUAAAGCUCCAAUUUGAGAAAAUGAAAUCUGAGGGAUCAUCCAUGUGCCACAUUGAUGAAGACCUCAUCAAAAGAAGACAGGAUGAACUCAGGCAUGCACAGGACAUCAGGGAACACUAUGAGCGCAAGCUGCAACGAGCCAAUGACCUCUACAUGGAGCUGCACUCCUGUCUUCUCCAGCUGGAGCAGAGGGAGAGGGAGCUGAUGCGCAGGGAGAAACAGAUCAGCGAGAUUGAGGUCAAGAAGAAGAGGGCACUCAAACCCAUCCUCAAGGCUCGUACUGUCCAAAAACUCAUUGAAAAAUCGCUGCAAUCUCAUGGAGGUUCGGCUACACUUGGAAGAUCACCAAGUCCUGGAAGUUCCUCAGUAAGUCCAGAGCCAGAAAAUAGAUCUCCAGCAACCCUUCCAAGAGCCAACCUCAAUACCAAGACCUCACCCAUCCGAGCAAAGACCUUGCCUCAGCGCAAGUCACGCCAUCGCAGGAACAAUAGCCAUGGUAGAGGAAGUUUUUCUGGGAAAGCCUCAUCACCGUCUAAGGAAAGCUUAGAAUCCAGUAAACCCCCAAGUAGUAGCCCAAGGAAAGCAGAUGAAGAUGUUUCCUCAAGUACCCAGGACAUUCGUAAGCCUGAUGCAGAAACCUCAAGGUUUAUCAAGCGCUCCCAGAGUGAAAGACUUGUUACAGAAGGCACAAUGUCCAGGAAACAUGGUUGUCGUUUCAAUAUCCACUCUCCUGCGGAGAUCGCAGGUGGCAUAUGUAGGUGCAAUGGACGUAACUCAAAGAGCCGUCCUGGACAUGUUCAAAUUGUGAACGAAGGCCAAAGCCAAGCGGCUCAACGGAAGUAUAAGCACAGACAAAGGACAAUUGGUAACUUCACCAGCGAGAUUGACGUUUUGAAUAGCAAUAGUCCCGUUCAAGGGGCCACCAGUGGACCAAGUGGUCAGGAAGGUCCCUCCAAUUCCACGGCCAUCACUGUUAAUGCAGAAAUGAACUGUUCUUCAGAUCAUUCCAUGGGUGGUGUUAGGUUAGGAGGAAUGGAGGUUAUGGGACUCAAGUCCUCCUAUAUAGGACACAGACUUGCUUCAGCAGAUAGUCCUAUCAGGAGGAAUGUAGGUUCCUUGCGGAAAGGUCCAGGAAUUUCAAAGAGAAGCCCCUCUCCAACAAAGAAGACAAAGUCAUCUCUAGACAAAACGAAGGGAGGUGAGAGUUCCAGUGAUAAUGAGGAAGCUGCGCCAGACCAUUCCAGUGAUGAAGACACAUUGACGAUACAAAACGACAGGUUGCGUCCAAAAAGCCGUCAGUCCUUCUCCACCGAUCACUCCGAUGGCAUCUUCUCCGAAGAAGACAACACCAGCGAUCGGUCCCAUGGCCCCACCCCAGAGCCAGGCCAACGAGCCCGUACCACCACACCUAGCAGUCUGUCCUCUGUUGCUAUCAGCAUGAACCCUGAUCACCAUGACCUAGGAGCCAUGACAUCUGAUGGUCUCUCAGACAAGGAACGUGUUGUUAGACAGGUCAUGAAACAGAUCUCUGGGGAUAAGAGCUAUGAGAGCAAAAUACACUACACAGAGACAGAUUCCAGUAGUGACGAAGGCGGAGACUAGGUGUUUGCAGACGAGAUUCAUUUAUUACUUCAGACCUCAACAGAUGUGGCAAUCUAUACUAUAUUGUGCAGCUUUGUUAAAGUUUAUCCUGCAGAAAAGAAGAAAAAAAAGUAUUAUUUUAUUGUUACUGCAGCUUUUCAUGUAUAUUCAAAACAGACUAUUCAUAUCAUUUGCUUCAUGUGAAUUAAUUUAGUACUUGAUUUGUUAAGCUCAUGUAUUCUAAUACAUUUCCUCUUUCAUUGUUAUGAUACAUUCGGGCAUUAGAGUUACUAUUGCUUAUAUGCAUGACAUAACAUUUAUGUGCUCUUUUCAUGAAAUUCAAAAUCAUGUACAAAGUGAUUGUGAAUGAUGUAUCUGAUAAUACUUUGAUGAUGAUGUCACUUGUACUUAUAAAUUUGAAAGGUUUUAAAAAGUAUUAUCUGAGAGAGAGAAAUGUAUUCAUUUGAAGAAAAAGUAAACUAAUUAUUCAUUUAUCCAGCUUAUGGUUUCAUAUUGAUGAGUUCUUUGAGAAAAUAUUUGGAGAAAUUUUGUUUUAAAGUAACACACUAAAGCAUCUGUACAAAGUGAAUGGUGCCAUAUAAAAAUCUAUAAACACAAUCAAUUUUUUUUUCAGUUGAGUUAAGAACAUUAAUUCGGUUGAUGCUACUGACUCCAUUGAAGUACAAAAAAGGAAAAUAUCUAUACAUUUGGUUGAUUAUGAUAUUUUUACUGACAUAGAACAAUACCAUUUCAAACUUGUCGUGAUUUGUUACAAAACCUUUUAUAUUCAAAGUGUAGCAGGACAUCAGAAGUUCCGAGUCCGGAAAAGUGCAAUGAUGAAAAUAUAUAAUUCAUUUGUAAAAUGUCAUGUAUUCUUAUUGGUUUUUCAUAUAUAUUACAAACUGUUUAUCAGUGAAUUAAUAUAUCUAUUGAGGAGUAAAGCUCUUUCUUUACAAAAGACAUUGAAGCUGCUGUAUUUUUUAGUAUAUAAAAAGAUUGUGCAAUUAUAAAAAAAUUUAUGAAGAAUGAAUCCUAUAUUCAUAUGCUUUUUUGUGGAACAUUAAAAGAGAGAAAAAGAAAAUGUGAAUAACACUCCAAACCUUUUCUUAAUUUGAGAAUGGGGACGUCAUUCAAGUUCGAAUUCAUAUUUGCCUGUUUGAGAAUCGCAGUUGAGUUUUGUUUUAAAGUUUGAUUCUUUCAUGCAUUUGCAAUUCAUUUUGAGGAAUUUCUGAUCUAAUAAAGUCGUAGAAGACAUUUAGCAACGCUCUCGAUUCAAAUGCAACUGCAUAUGUGACUGUUCUCAGGUAUUGCCUCGUGCAUCUAUAACAAAAGGAAAUGUUUGCUCAGUCUUCGUUUCCCAUCAAGAAGUCUUGAAAAAAUCAUGUCCAUUUGAUAUAUACAGAUAGGAUCAUCAUUUUUUUAUACUGAUGAUGUGGCUGUAUCAAGACUAACUUCUAGCUAGACCUAUUGAUUUGUUGUUGUUUUUGGAAAUCAUAUUGUUGUAGAUCACAUGAUCAGAUUUCUGGUGGUUUGCAACAGUACUGCAAUAAAUGUGUAUUUUCCAGAAAUGUUUCUUGAUUUAGGAAUAAUUCAAUAAUUUAUUGAUGGGACAGGAGUACUGAAUUUACUUUGACAAAAUAAAUACCUGAUGUACAUAUUUGUGUUAAAUCAUAAUAACUUCCAUACAGUGACAAAGUACUGAAAAUAUAUAUUGUUUUCAGUCAUGUACGAAUUACUGAAAGAUGUUUUUGGAGAUAGUAACGGCAGAUGAAAAGAAAGCUCCUCAUAAAGAUAUUAUGAAUAGUGGACAGUGAGGUUUAAUGUUUCUCCUCAAUGGAAAUGACUGAGUGUAUAUUAAAUCUUUUUUAAAGUGUAAAUUAUUGUAAAAAAAUGUAAAUUAGGUGUUGAUUUCUUGGAUUUAAAAUUGAAGAAGUCUCCCAUAGUCAUUCACUGCCAUGAUCACCCUGUAAAUACUUAGUUUAUCAAUGAUAAAUGGCUAAUUCAUCCUUCCAUUUUUAUCAUGCAACAUAAUUCAAAGAUCUCUAUUAGAUAAUGUAACGACAGACACGUUAAAUAGAAUUAAAGCUGAAAAAAAAUCACUAGUUAUUAAAGUAAUUUGUAUGAAACUUCAGUUCUCAGUGAUAGUAAUAUAUGAACACCUUGUAUUUUUAUUUAGCUUACUGACUUCAGUACUGAACAAUUUUACCCCAUGGCAGCAUGGUCAUUAUUAAUUUUAUCAGUGACUUUACCCCCCCCCCCCCCCGAUAUGAUAACUUUCAUUUAUGUUUAAAGGCUAUUUAUCAGUCUCUUUUGUUCUUGCCAGCCAAUAAAGCUUAAUGAGUGGUUUUAUGAUUAUGAGUGUUUCUUUGCUAGUCCUUUUCAGGAAAGGACCAUUUUUAUGUUUGUUUACAGAAGGUAAACCUGAAACCAUUUUCGCUUUGUAUUCUUUUAUUAUUAAUAGCAUAUACAUGUUGUAUCUUUCAAUACUGUAUCACUGCGAACAUGAAAUAUGUUAUGUACAUGUAUAUUGUGUAAUAAACAUUUUAUGAGAGAUGUACAUUAAAAUGCCUACUGGUAUUUGUUAUUAAAAUAUUGAUAACAAUUUAUCAUAUUUGAUUUAGUAGCCUAUUUGCAUUUUAGCUCUGCCCAUUUGAGGCCAAAGCACAAAGUUUUUAUGAUCGUGCUAUUAUUUGCAAUGUUCAAUCUUUCUCAAGACUUUGUUUAACAAGAAAAUGUGCUUUUCUUUGGAAGGUGACCCUAUGAAACAGAGUCAUUCCUUUGCAAAUCAUUGUAAAAAAAGAGAGCAUUUGUUUAUUGAUUUUGUUAUGCUAUUUUUCACAUCUGCAUUGUUUUAAAGAUGUAUAUUUUAUGGAAUUGUGGUUCUAGUUGAUCCUUGGUAAAUGACCCAACUAUUCAUAUAAAGGAAUAGAUUAGAGGAUAACUAAAAAAAACAACCUAACAUUGGUGUGCUGGUUUAUAAAUAUAGAAGAAAAAGAUGCACAAGAAUUCUCAAAUGUGUGCAAUUUCAUGAAAACAAUUAUUAUUUAUUACUUAACUUUGUAAUAUUCACAGGGGUUCCCUAGGAUAGCUCCUGAAAGGACACCCCCCCCCCCCCCCACUGGAGUAGCCUGGGGUAUUAAAUGCAUGUAAUAUUCUACAUUGGAGUUUGGAAUUCCUACAUUAGCUGUCAAUUUUGUAGGAUAUAAUAUCAGAUUCUUUCAGGAUUAGUGUCCUAUUAAAACAUCUAAUGCUCUUUUCUAAUCUCAAAAGUGAAAAACAUAACUGAAUGGUGAUGUCUUAGCCCCAUCAAAUUAAGAUUGAAUAGUCCUUUUACUGAAAUGAUGAAAAUAUAAUGGCUGAUUUUUAACAGCAAUCAUGUAUUCAGAUACAGAUUGGUAUGAUUUUAGGCACUGCUUUUACAUCAUAGAUAUCCUUUGAUGUCUAUGCAUCAUGUUUUCAACAGGUCAUGUUUUUGUGAUUGCUUGUCCACAUAAUUGCACACAAACUUUUUAUGCAUGUAACUUAUGAAAGUUUUAAAGGAAUGGAUUCUUACAGAUGUCCUCUCAUAUAUUUCUGCAUUGUUUUUAAUGCACUAUUGCUUUAAGAAGCGAACAUCCUAUUUUGAAAAGUUGUAUUCAGUGUCCUGUCUUACAAAGAGUUACAGUUAAUCCAAUCAACCUCAAUCCUAUGGGAAUCCAUCAUUGUAAUAAUAUUUUCUACAAGAACUUUGAACAAUUUUCCUUGUAACCAAAGAAGCACGCAGAAUUUUCAAGAAUACAAGGAAUGUAUAAAGAUACAUCAUAGUUAUAAAAUAUUUUGAACAAUCAUGCAUAAUGUUGACAUUGCUGGCAUUCCAUAGUUGUGGUUGAUUGGAUCAAUCACAACUCUUUAUAAGACAUGGCCAGUAAUCCAUGAACCUCAAACCCUACAUUUCCAUUGAGAAUAUAACUUUGAUGUUGGCUUGACUUGGAUAUUCAUUAAAAAGGAAUUUGCUUUAAUUCAGGUACUUAAUUAGUGAUCAGAUUCUAGUUGUGUUACCACAUGAUCACUGGAGUUUUUAAGAUGAUGGUUUAUUUUAUAGAGAUCAAAUUGUAUUCUUAUAUAAAUGCCCUUGGAAUUAAUAUGUUCUUGAUUUUCUAGCAAUGCUUAUCAGUGAAAUAGAAAUAAACAUAUCUAAGGAGAGAUGAUCAAGAAGUGAUGAAUCCAAUACCUUGCCUAACCUAUAAUGUCAGAGGAUUGCAACAAACCCAGGGUAUUUUACCCAACUUAUUGGGUACUACUACUGAUUGAUAAUACUGUGUCAGGAUGACACAUGUAUGUUACAGUGUGUUUGACUGCAGUAGCUCAGUGAAUUGAUGCUACUUCAAAUAUGAAUUGUUUAAAUGUCAAUUUGACAGGAAGUCUUUUGAUGACCUGCCUGCAUGCAGGUUUAUCAUAUUUUCUGGCUUCAGAGAAUGUGUGGAAUGAUGAAUGUAAAACAACUAUCUGAAUGUUCAGAUUUCUUGAAAGACUGAUGAUGUGGAUCAGAAAGAAAUGUAAUGAGGUUUUUUUUGUGUUGUGAAAGUACAAAGUAAGUUUUAAAGUGUAAUUGAGAUAUAUCAUGUCAAAACAGGUAUGUACAAUAAAUGAACAUAUGAAAAUAUA